AUGGCUUCUUCUUCAAAUGUUGUGCUUGUCUCAGCCCUCGUCCCUUUGGGAGCCACCCUCCUCACCCUGGGCAGCCUCACCCUGACGACCACCAUCGUCGGGCUCGCCCUCGUCACCCCACUCUUUGUCAUCUUCAGCCCCGUGUUGGUCCCGGCGCUGCUCCUCAUUGCUGUGCCUGUGGCUGUCGCCGGCUUCCUCACUUCUGGGGCCUUGGGCAUCACCUCGCUCUCUUCCUUCGCUUGGUUAGCCACUUUUCUCCGUCCUCGCCAGGCCCAGAAACACACUGCACUCCAGGCCCAACAAGAGACUAGAUAG